AGACACGGGAAGAGAGAGAGAGAGAGAGCAAGAUUCAAAGGAUUUCAUCCAUGAUUUUUCAACAUCAGCUUGCCUGAUUUCUGAAUAACAGAAGAGCACCUUCAAUAGCAGAUUGACAGACCCUCAAAAUGACGUGUUCCUUGAGAGAGCAGCUAAAAGAAUACUUUGCAGAACGGCGUGUUCGCAAAAACCGCCUGGUGACUAAAGAUGGCCGCUGCAACAUUGAGUAUGGCAACAUUAUGCAUCGCAACCGCUUUGCCUACAUUCUAGACAUAUGGACCACCUUCGUGGAGACUCGAUGGCGGUUUGUCAUCCUGUACUUUGUGGCUUCAUUCACUCUCAGCUGGUUCAUCUUCGGUCUCGUCUGGUACUGGAUUGCCAAAGACAAUGGUGACCUAACAUGGCAGAAUCCUCCACAGGAUCACGUACCAUGUGUAAUAAAUGUCCAAGGCCUGACCGCGGCCUUCCUCUUCUCAUUAGAGACCCAGACCACCAUCGGCUAUGGUUAUCGAGCCAUCACCCCCCUUUGCCCUGGAGCUGUCGCCCUCAUUGUAAUUCAGUGUCUUAUUGGUGCCAUCAUCAACUGCUUCUGGUGUGGAGUGAUCAUGACAAAGAUCGCCCUACCCAAAAAGAGAGCCAAGACCAUAACAUUCAGUGAGUCUGCAGUUAUCUGCCCGAAGAAAGGGACCCUCUGCCUUCAGAUUCGCGUGGCCAACCUACGAAAGACCCUGAUGAUCGGCAGCCAAAUUUACGGCAAGCUGCUGAGAACAACAGUAGCUCCUGAGGGUGAGACCGUCAUCAUGGACCAGGUCAGCAUUGACUUUAUGGUGGAUGCCGGCAAGGACAACCUGUUCUUUGUAUGCCCAUUGACCCUAUACCAUGUCAUUGAUAAAACAAGUCCAUUCUUUGAUAUGGCAGUGGACACUCUGCAUCAGCAAGAGUUUGAGCUUGUGGUCUUCCUGGAUGGCGUGGCUGAGUCCACUAGCUCCUCUUGCCAGGUCAGGACUUCCUACAUACCUCAGGAGAUCAUGUGGGGUUACGACUUCCUCCCUAUAAUCUCCCGGGGCAAAGAGGGGAAAUACCGUGUGGACUUUUCCAACUUUGCCAAAGUGGUGGCCGUACCAACCGCUCAUUGUGCCUACUGCUACCACAAUGAGCCAGGGCAUCAUCACUAUUCGAGAAAUGGCAUCGAUAACCAGGGCUUUGAGGUGAUUGAUAUUGGCGAAGUGCCCAGCAGUACCAAAAUGUAGCACUGGUUUUCAGAAUCUAUAGCUGUUGGAAUGACAUGUAUCUGUAUGAUGUCACCAUCUUGCACUAUAAGAAGGACUGGACACUGACAGACUCUGGUGCCUUAUGCUUACUGCAAAUGCAAGCAGGGGCGAGCCGCCAUAUACCCCAUUGUUUAAGAAAACCUGCAAAAUGAUGAAAGUUGAGAGGCUAAAAACAGACUGGCAAAACCAAACUACUGAAAAGAAUAGAAAAUUGCUGCAAAAAUGUAUAAUUUCUAUGUUAAAUAACAUUCAUUCAACUGUGUCAGAUUAUUGCCUGAAAGUGUGAUACACAAAGCCAAGUGUCAUGUCUGACUUGUGAAAUGCACAGCUAGACUUCCAUUUAAACUUUAAGUAAAACAAUAUUCCUUUCCCUUUUGUCCCCAUAAUAUGAGAAGGAUAAAAGUGUGAAUUAUCAUUGAUUUGAAGGUGAAAUUAGAGCUUCUGUGUUGUGGUCAUUGCCCUGAGAGUAGGAAUAUAAAGUGGAGGUUUAUUAAUAUGAGAUUGAUUUAUAUUAUCUGAAGAUGAGUUCAAAUGCCAAUGCCUCAGCAAAAGUCUGUAUUUCUACAGCUGUUUUAUGCUAUGAAUUAUAUUGGAAUGGUGUAUUAUUUUGUAAAUUAAUAGAAAUUGUUAAAAUUGUAAAAUUGAAUGUGUAAAUAUCAUUUGUACUUUGUAAAUAUUAGUUUUUUACACAAAUAAAUAUAUAUUAAAUAAUUGCA